ACAAAUGUCACCUUCUCGGUUCGAAGCUUGGGCUCGUCUUUUUGUUACUAAAUUUCUUGGAAGUCAUAUCUCCACUGACCGUUUAAUCUUAACGGAGGAAGGGGGUGCAACUUUCACCUUCAAGGGAGCUAGUAAAAAAAGUUCUCUAGAAGUUGUUCUCAAAGUUCACAACCCUCAGUUUUACUGGAAGGUAACGACGCGGGCUGACAUAGGCCUUGCAGAUGCUUAUAUUGAUGGAGAUCUUUCUUUUGCUGACAAAGACCAAGGUCUUCUACAUCUUAUCAUGGCGAAUAUGAAAAGGGGUUGGUGGACACCAUCGUUAUUUACAGCAGGUAUUGCUUCAGCAAAGUUUUUUCUUCAGCAUGUUCUGAGGCAAAAUACUCUUACUCAAGCUCGCAGGAACAUCUCUCAUCAUUAUGACCUGAGUAACGAGGUUUUUUCUCUAUUUCUGGGAGAAACAAUGGCGUACUCGUGUGCAAUAUUUAAGACUGAAGAUGAAGACUUAGAUACAGCUCAGUUGAGGAAAAUCUCGGCUCUGAUUGAAAAGGCAAGAAUCGAUAAGAAGCAUGAAAUUCUUGACAUUGGUUGUGGCUGGGGAACUUUUGCAAUUGAAGUUGUCAAACAAACAGGAUGCAAAUGCACGGGUCUCACUCUGUCUGUGGAGCAACUGAAAUAUGCAGAAAUGAAAGUCAAGGAAGCUGGUCUGCAGGAUCAUAUCAGACUUCUCCUCUGUGAUUAUCGUGAAUUGCCUAAAGGCUAUAAAUACGAUAUAAUCGUAUCUUGUGAAAUGAUAGAGCAUGUGGGUCAUGAAUACAUGGAGGAUUUUUUUAGUAGCUGCGAAUCAGCAUUGGCAGAAGAUGGGCUUCUUGUUCUACAGUCUACAUCUAUAGCAGAUGAGCGUUAUGAUGAGUACAGGCGAAGUUCUGAUUUUAUUAAGGAAUAUAUUUUUCCCGGUGGAUGUUUGCCCUCAUUGAGUAGGAUAACAUCAGCCAUGGGUGUAGCAUCAAGACUCUGUGUGGAGCAUGUGGAAAAUAUAGGAAGUCAUUACUAUCAUACGUUAAGAAGGUGGAGGAAAAAUUUCUUGGAAAACAAGAGCAAAAUUCUUGCCAUGGGAUUCGAUGAGAAGUUCAUCAGGACAUGGGAGUAUUAUUUUGACUACUGCGCUGCUGGUUUCAAGUCGUAUACCCUUUGGAAUUAUCAGAUUGUAUUUUCACGUCCUGGCAAUGUCGGAGUAUUAGGUAAUCCGUACAAAGGUUUUCCAUCGGCAUAUCGACACGAUGAACAACACUCCUGGGAACACAGGAGUGCUAUAUCCAUUACAAAACCCGUCGUGCAGGAUCUCAAGAUAGUGGACAAAUGGACUGUGUUGAUGAAUAUCAUUCCAUACAGUGGACAAAUGGACUUUAUUGAUAGAGAUAUUGCAGGUGGGGAAGAACCAACGAAGGCAAUGGAUGAUUUGCUUGCCAUAUCGCUCAGGUGCAUUCUUCCUCAAAAUGAGAGGCCUAACAUCAGACAAGUCUUUGAUGAUCUCUGUUCUAUAUCUCGUCAAGACUGGGGACGGAGGCCAUUUCGGUUUCUCAACUGCUGGCUGGAGCACCCUUUAUUUUUUGAGAACCUCAAACUCUCCUGGACUAAAGCCUGUGCUGAGCAUGCUGGCAGAUUCAGCUUAUUAAGAAAGCUUAGUUAUUUGGCAUCUACUAUCCGGAAAUGGAAUGAGAACUCUUUUGGCAACCAGGAUGAGAGGUUCUACAAGGCCACGGAUUGGUUCACUGGGCCUGAUGGAUUCACAUUCAACUUGUACAAGGCAGCUUGGUCAUUGAUUGGAGAUGAGUUAUUUCAUGUGGUGUCUGAAUUUUUCAGAGUAGGAAAAAUGCCAAAGGGUGUUGACACUUCAUAUGUUACACUGUUGCCUAAGAACGCACACUCAACAAAAUUCAAGGAUUUCAGACCAAUCAGUUUGAUUCAUGGUGCAUACAAAAUUGUUGGGAAGCUGCUCUCGUCACGGAUAUGA